CACAGCAAUGUGGAUUUACCUUAUUUGCAUUACUCAGCAACACUGGUGCCCUGUGCUCCAUAGGAAGCGAAAGUGAAAAUCCAAUUGUUCUUUAAAGAAGGGAGAAGCUUGUUGUGCCUUUUUUUCUGUGGGAUGCAAGUGGCUUCUGCAUCUCCUGUGCAGGGCUCUGGAAGAGGAGCUGAAUGAACAGGGAGCUGGAGAGGCUGCUCCGGGUGCGUGGAGUAGGGAAGAGAAGAGGUGCAAGGGCUUCCUUUGGACACAAACAACUUUUGAGGAAGAUGACUGAGGGAGGAGCCUGGUGAGCCUGCCCUGGGAUCAUGGAGGUUCUCGGAGAGCAUCCAACACUGUCAGAGCUGAGCACCCAGGACAGACUGAUGGACUCUCCCUGUUUCAUGUGGUUCAGUUUCCUGAUUCUGAUUGUUGCCGCUCCCUGUCCAAAUAUUGCUAUGCCCAGUGAUGACCCUGCUAAGGGGACACCGGACUAUUCCUUUGACAAAACAUAUGUGGCAGUCUACCACUGUGAAGACUGGGAGAGCAAUGUAUGCCAAUCAUCCAAUUAUGAAAACUGUGUAAAAAUUGGUGAAACACAGAAUGAGAAAUUUUCAAAUGAAGUAAUUCAGUUGGUGACCAGUGAAACACACAUAAUUAUGUGCUUUCAGCAAGAAAAUAGUAUUCCUGAAGGAAUUUAUGCCAUCGUCUGGGAGAAAGCCACGGGAGUAGGAGACUCAUGUGGCAUUCUGAAUUCUGGAGUUUCCUCAGAAAAUUGGAAGGGUAACAUCAUUAUAGAGAAGAUUAAAACUUGCUGUGAAGCAGAGACAAACCUCUCAGUGCCCAACCUUCCACUGAAGUGCUACACUGAAGUGUCGGAUGAUAAAACUGAAAAAUCAACAGGUGACAUCACUGAAGGAAAUCUAGGUGAUCCUCAAUUUUCAAUCAGCAAAAAGAGCAACAUUGUCAUCAUCACCACUAUAUUGAUUCUUGGGCUUUGUGGAGUAACACUGACGAUGUAUUGCAUUCGGCGGAACCGAAAUGGUCAAGGACAUUACUGUGGGUGCCUUUGAGGAAGUGCCAAGUGCUCCAGCUUUACACAAUCAAGCUGAAUACUGUGCUUCUGGAGAUUUCCAGUGAUGUAUACAUUAUUUUCCUAUUUCUAAAAUAAUACUGUCUUAAAAUUGAAGGCCAGGGCUGUUUUUUGGUAUGGUCUUUUAAUGAGAAAAACAAAUAUGUCUAUGUGUAUGUGUGGAAAAAUCUAUGUGCGUGUGUAUAUAUGGUGUUCAAAUCAAUGGCUGACACGGGGUAGUUCUGCUAUAAACUCAGGUUUUGAGUUCUUUGGAAAAGGGACAAAGUGAUAUUUGAGAACUCACAUUGUAUUAACUUGAGGCAUUCAGGUUUCAUGAUGUGCAGAUUUAAUUUCUACUCUUUAACACCAGUUGGGGCCAGAGAGCUGGACAUGUUUUGAGGAGAAAGUUUAUAUGGACACCUCUACCCAGUGAAAGUUGCUUAACUAAAUUAUUCACAAGUCAUAGACCAAUCUUUAUGACUCACUCAAGCACACUUUCAUUUACAUCUCUUCUUUCUACAUACGAUUAUGCAGAUUGUGAUAUUCAGAGGCAUCACUACCACCUAUUUCACUUUGUGUCUCCUGAGUUGUGUUGUGCUGGUAGACACCAAUCAUCCCAGAUAUCACAGAAAAAUGUUAUAAAUAGCUUUAAAGAUCUGCAGUGUUUGUUCCAAGCAACUGAAUUGUGUUAUUUUGCAACAUAAUAAAAAAAUGACUAAAGAUACUAAGCAGUCUGACUCACCAGAUGCCAUCAUUUGGUUGUAAUUUCAUUUUAAUGUUUUUUUUUUUUGUUUCAUUUUGUGUUGUUAUACUCAUCACAAUAAAACGUCAGCCUAA